AUGGAAAAUAUUAAACAUAUAAGUAAUGAUGAAGGUGAGCGGGAGAAGGUUAAAAUGAGCAGUAAAGAUAAAGAUGAAGAACAAGGUGAGGACGAAGAUAUGAGUAGCCGUAAACAUAAGGAUGAGAUUUGCACAGCUAAGGUGCAUUUAGAUAAGUUUGAUGAUGAGAAUGCAUCCAUCAGGAAGCAAGAAAAGUCUAAGGUUGUGGCUACAUAUAUUGCCCUACAAGUUAGAUGUGGAAUGCCAAGGUUAGAAAUGGUAACGGACAAAGAGUUCUUCAGUCCAACGCUGAAAAAUGUUCUUACCUCCCUCACUUCACAUGAAAAGCCUACAACAAUUGCAUCUUCGGAAUCAACAGACAAAAAACGCAUCAGCUUCGACAAUCAACAAUCUUCCACCCCAGAAAGCAGCAUCCCAUUUACCCAGAUUCCUGAAUCAUCCACCCAACAAACUCAUCAAACCAGUACAAUAUGUGAUGCAAGCCCGACAAAGAAAAGUCGUCCAAAAAUGGAUUAG